CAAAGCCCCAGAGUAAACACGCCGCCGUGCCCCGCACGCAGCCGAACAAUGGCAGUGCCAAUAAGUCACUUAUUCCCCUGAGCAAACCCACAGCCUGAUCCUGAACAGUUUCUCUGGCAAAAAUCCCCCUGUUUCCCAACGCCUGCCCCAAGGAAGGGCUUCAGGAUGUCGCACAGUAGCCGGCUCCGUCCGGAGCACAGCGGUGGCUGGGACCCAGCAAGAGCCCGGGGAGCAGUGCAGAGGAAGACAAGCAGCAUAAUUUAAAGCAGACACUGGCCCAAAUAAGGCUAUUUCCCUGGAAAUGCCUCCGUUCUGGAGUUACGAGUGAGCCUCCAGGAGUCCUGAAUGGGUGAAGGCGAAGCUGAGGAAUAAUUCCAUCGGUCCCAGGACUGAAUCGGUUCUGAAGAGCUGGAUAUGCUUUUUAAAGGGAUGAUAAGCGGUGUUUGGGGAUGCAAGAAACCCUUGAAGCAAGAACCAUGAAACUGUACAUCAUCUUCCUCCUGGCAGUGGUGAACACAGGGACCUCGAACUGUCAGCCCUCAGAGGGGACAUCCUGUGAAAUGGCAAACUCUCAGGCAUUUUGCCACAACAAAGACCUCCACCAGAUCCCUCACGAGCUCCAUCUGAAUGUAAACAAAAUAGAUCUGUCUGGAAAUCUGAUUCAAAGCAUCCCUGAAAGGGCAUUGUCACUUUACACUUCCCUACAGUGCCUGGAUUUGAGCUCGAACCAGAUAAGCUUCAUCACACCUGGAGCCUUUGCCCACAUGAAGAGCUUGCUGGAAAUAAAUUUAGCCCACAAUCACUUAUAUGAACUUGCUCAAAAUGGCACAGAGGGGAUUGGACUCUUACCCAGGGUGGAAGUGCUGGACUUGUCCCACAACAGCCUGUACAAUGGGAUGGCUGAGUAUUUCAUCAAGCAGGCUCCAGCACUGCGCUAUCUUUCCCUGGCAGACAACAGUAUUAUAGUGAUAUCACACAGGAUGUUUCAGGGAUCUCCCAGUCUUGUGGAGAUAGAUCUUCAGAGUAAUAUCAUCAUGGAAAUACAAGAAGGUGCUUUUGAGACUCUAGUGAACCUUUCCAGACUCAAUCUCUCAAUGAAUUCAAUUACUUGCAUCUCUGAUUUCAACCUCAGGCAGCUGGAGAUACUUGACCUUAGCAGGAACAGCAUUGAGACCUUCCAAACCACAAAAUCAGAUGAUGAAUAUAGCUUAAGGUAUUUGGAUCUGAGUGAAAACAAACUGCUUCACUUCCCAGUGUUCCCUCAGGUAAAUAAGCUGGUAACUCUGAAUUUAUCAAAGAAUUUAAUCCAGCUCACUGCUGAAUCCCCUCCUAAUAAAAUGGACUACAUGGAAAAUGAAUGGCUGAAUGCUUCUUUCCAUCUUCUUGAUCAGAAGCAAAAUAGAAACAAAAGUUCUCUUUAUUUAUCCCACCUUGUAUAUUUAGACUUAAGUUAUAAUGAAAUCCAAUCCAUUCCGGAUGAGUUCUUUGAAUCCAUGUUGUCCCUUCACACCCUUAAUCUCAGUAAAAACUGUCUUCAGGCAUUUGCAGUGAGUUAUGACAGUGCAUUGACCUCCCUCACUGUCCUGGACUUGAGCUACAAUGUCCUGCAGAACCUCCUCCUCGAUGCUGGUGUGCUGUCGAAUUUGACGGAGCUCUACAUUCAAAACAACCAUCUUCAAACCCUGCAGUUUGACAUCUUCUCAAGUCUUCCCAGCCUCAGGCUGCUUAACCUGCAGAGCAACAAUAUCAGCCUUUGCAGCAUGUACUCAGGAUUAGCUAAGCAAAGACUUGCUGGGGAGGAAAGCGGCUGUGUAUCAUUUGUGGACUCUCCUGCUCUUCAGUGCCUGUACCUGGCUGACAACAUGCUGAACAUCGUCCCAGCAUACACCUUGUACAAGACUCCUCUGGUUGUCUUGGACCUCUCCCUGAACCCUGGACUGAAAAUAGAACUUAAAGCACUAUCAGGUCUGGAAAAGUCUCUGGAAUAUUUGUAUUUACAUGGUAAUAGGCUGAUAGAUUUAAACAUUGACUUGCCUUGUUUUAGUCACCUUAAACAUUUGAACCUCUCUGAAAAUCAGCUGAAUUGGCUGCCGAAGUGGGGGAGUGACUCUCCACUGGAAGUUCUGGACCUACGGAACAACAGGUUUAGUACAUUGCAGAACAGCAAUAUUUUAGCAUUAGAAAAUUCACUUAAAAACUUGUAUCUCACUGGGAACCCACUCAACUGCUGCGGAAACAUCUGGCUUUCAUCAAUGAUCCAGAACAAAAAUGUCCAGAUCCCCAACGUGGAGCACUUAACGUGCCAGUACACCCAGAACUUCGGGUACCAGGAAGAAAUGCACAUCAGGAACAUCAGACCAGAAGACUGUGAAAAAGAGGAUCUGAAGAAGAUCAACUUCCUUAUUAUAUUAACAUUUGUGUUGGUUUUAUCUGUGAUCAUCAUCGGCGUGGGUUCAUUCUUCUGCUUCCGCAGGCAGAACUUCAGCCCUCAGUUUAAAGCAAAGGGAACACAAAAUGCCUUGAAAACUGAAAAGAUCAGGUGCUACACCGACAGUGUGUAGAAAUGAAGGGUAAAAUUCUCACCUUUGAUUUUCAACUGUGGAUUUUAAGAUGCUUUUGAAGUGCCCCUCAAUUGCACCACCAUGGUGAUCUGGGUUGCAGGGACUGGAAGGAGACUUUGCCAUGUCUUGCAGGUCCACAGUUCAACUCAAAGAGGAGAAAUUUGGCCCUCGCCUGCAAUACAUAUUGAACUGGGUUUAAUGUGAAGAAAUUCAUCUCUGGGGUGAACACAUUUAAAUAGAAAAACCCUGGAGAAUGAAUUUCAACCAGCUAACAUUGGACCGAAAUGUUUGUAUUUCUAAGGAAAACUGCUGGGAACUCACUGCAUGCAGUUGCAUUUCAGUGCAGAAGAAUAAUAUAUCUAUUUUUAAAGGUCACAGGAGGUUAGACUGCAAAAAGGUGUUUUGAAGAUGCCAGUGUGAAAUAAUGCAUAGGGAACAUAGUCCUGGGCCAUUAUUCAGACCAGAUGUCCACUGUCUUUCCAUGAAAAUGUAUUGUUGUCUAGAGGAUGGGCUGCAAGAAAUGUUAUGCAGAUCCUCAUUCUGGGAUGGGUUUAACACAGCUGAGCUGUUGCAUUGCUGACACUGACAAAUGUUAUGCCCUGCACUGACAGAAAAUUCACCCUUUUGAAGGGAACACGACAGUGAGCAGGGAGACUGACCUGCCAACAGGCUUCAAUGGCUUUGAAAAGGAGCCAAAUCAGGUUUCCUGUUAAUGCCAGGAACUGUGCAUUCAGGCACAGAAGAGAAACAGAGAUCACACUGAAACCUGCCCAGGUAAAUAACUCAGAGUCAAAUUGCUGCUCCAUUUCUGUUUCUUCCAGCUAGUGAAUGUCAAAAUUAACACACUACAAAAAGGUGUAAAAUUUUAGGUUUUAAGCAGUUAUGUAAGAAACUGGCUGGUGAUUUUCAUUGUGGAAUUUUGUACAAUAAAAACACCUUUGAAUUUUGCAAAAAGUGCAAGGCUGUGGAUAUAUUAAAGCACCAGCUUGGAAAGCUCCACAGAUGAAAAGAAAUGUCUUCCUAUUUUUCCAUGAUGUUCAGAGUCCACCUUAGCCCUUUACCUCCUGGUCCUGAAGCAGGGACAGCUGCUCCAUGUCUUAGAGUACAACCCAUGGAGAACAAGGAGAUCUACUGGAGGUGUGGGCAAGAAUUUGGCACGGGUUGCCCAAAGAAGUUGUGGCUGCCCCAUCCCUGGAAGUUUCCAAGGCCAGGCUGGAUGGAUUUGGAGCAACUUGGUCCAGUGGAAGGGGGCCCUGCCCAUGGCAGGGGGCUUGGAAUGGGAUGAGCUUUAAGGUCCCUUCCAACCCAAACCAUUCUAUGAUUUCUGUGCUUCUGUGAAUUGGCACAAACCAUCAGCAGCAACAGGGCCUGAUCCCACAGAGCAGAAGCCAGGGCUACCCACUGGCUGAAGCCAUUCAUCUCAUGGAAGGUUUGCCCCAGCAGCAAUCCCACGGCUCAGCUGGAAGCCCAGUGCUGAAGUUGGUGAGCUUUUCCCUCAGUGUGACAGCCCCUGAGCUGUGCCCAGCUGAGAGCCGAUGUGCCACACACUGAGGUCGAGGCUUUUGUGAGGAGCAUGGCAAGGCUCUGUCCCCUCCUGAGAGCCAGGAUUAGCUUGGCUGCCAUGACUGGAGUUAGUUAAUAACCUGAUGACAGAGCCAAGAGCCACUUAAUUAACGUUUUUAACACUGCUUUUGUUUGGCUCGACCAAAAGGAAGUGCUUGUUAUUACUAAACAUCUGGGACUAAUUAGACUUCCAUGGACUUCCCUGGGAGCAGAAACAGCUUUCCUGAGGGAUAAGUCUCAGGAGUAAAGUGCAGCAUGGCUCAUUUGGAUUUCUCUGUCAGCAGCACAAGCAACCAAGAAGUGAUAUGAGCCUGCUCUGGCCAGUCCUGGUAUUAUGGAUGGGAUAAGCAGGUUGGGAGAAAGAAAAUAUGAAUAAAUUCAGAAAGAGAGGGAAAACAGGAGAAAUGGGAGCUCUACAUUCUACUAUUCAAAAUAGUAUGUGAUGAAUGUAAACAGAGGAGGACCUCAGCUCAUGAGGGGUGACAAACAGAAGUACCAAGUAACCAGGGAAAUGGAGUGCAACUGCAACUGGAGGAAAAAGAGACUGGAAAAGCAUGGAAGAACUUCCUGAGGAGAGCCGUGCAACAUUCUCUGACAAGCGAAGAUAUCUGGAGGCUGAUGCAACAUGAUAUUAAGCAAAAUUUUGGCAACUACAAGGGAACAGUCCUGCAACACUGUGAGAGCCACUUUUCUCCCAGGCUGUUGAUUGUGGCUGCUCUGCUGUGCUGCAGAGCCAAGACAGUUCCACAGAUUUCCUCCUCCUGUCCAUCCUAGCAGCUGAGGCAUCAAAGACACACAUAUGGGAGACAUGACUGCAGCUUUUCUGUACUGAAUGGGGGCUUGUAAAAGAGAGAAAGAGUGGCUUUUUGCACAGGGGGAUAGAGACAGGGAAAGGGGGAAUGAUUUUAAAGAGGGGAGGUUUAGAUUAGUUGUGAGGAAGAAACUCUUCCCUGUGAGGAUGGGCAGGCCCUGGCACAGGUUGCCCAGAGAAGCUGUGGCUGCCCCAUCCCUGGAAGUGUCCCAGGCCAGGUUGGAUGGGGCUUGGAACAGCCUGGAUUAGUAGAAGGUGUCCCUGCCCAUGGCAGGGGACUGAAACUAGGUGAUCUUUAACGUCCCUUCCAACCCAAACCUUUCGGAUUCUAUGAUUUUCCAGUUCCUAAGCAGUAUACUCUGUGAAGAAACAUUCUGGAAGGCAACUAAAGGAGAGACUCCUCUCUGCUGUUCCUGACUUCCCCAGAAAAUGGACUGGAGAAGGGAGUCCUGGGUCCUGAAGACCAGAGAAGGAGAGAACUCCAUUUUCACCAAAGAGAAGAAGGUUUGGGACAGGCAGCUGUGCUGGAGAUACGGCCCAAGGGGAACAGAAGGGGAAUGAGAACAUCGAAACCAGGAAUUUGGAAUACAAAUGAGAGAAUCACAGAAUGGCUGGGGUUGGAAUGUCCCUCUGGAGAUGAUCUCUAGUCCAGCCCCCAGCUAGAGCAGGUUCACUCAGGGCAUGCUGCACAGCACCGUGGUUUCGUGGGUUUUAAAUCUUCCCAGAGGAGGAGAUUCCACAACCUCUCUGGGCAGCCUCACCUGGUGCUCUGUCACCCUCACAGGGGAGAGUGGGGAAGAAAUGGUCAGGAUGAAAUUAGAACCAGAAUCAGGUACUAGGCUUGGUCAGCCUGGAGAAGAGAAAGUCCUGGGGGGAAAUCUCCUCUCAUGGCUGGAUGGAAGCUACAGGGUCCUCCCAGGAGCACUCACUUAAGGGAACUGCUGAGAGUUCCAACUGGGAAAGUUCCCAUUAAACAAAAGGGGAAAAUUCUCACAGUGAGAGAAGUUGAACUCUGGAAAGUCCUUGGAGUCUUUCAAAACUCAUCAGGGCAAGACCCUGAGCAGCCACUUCUGACACUGGAGUUGGCCCUGCUUUGAUCAGGGAGCUGGACUGGAGUUCUCCAGAGGCUCCUUCCAAUCUGAAUUAUUCUCCAAGUCUUUGCAAAACAAGAAUGGGUCAUGCACUUAGGUGAGGGAUAGAGCAGCAGAGAAACUUCUGAGCAACAGAGGCUGGCUGUAACCUGCUCCCUGCACUGAAGCUGUGCAAGGGAUUUGGCAGCAGAAGCGUCCAGAGAGAGAUGGCAAAAGUGGCUGAUGAUGUCAGAUGUGGGCAGAGCUAGUCAGCUCAUGGAAGUCUGAGUUCACACAAUCUUUCCUUUUUCUUUUUUUUUUUUCCUUCUUUUUUUUGUGUGUAGUUUUUUUGUGCUUUUUUCUCCCUCCUUUAUUUUUUCCUCCUUCUUUUUCCCCUCUCCUCCAAUU